AUGCCGAAACUGGCCAUAGGACGCAACAUGUUACGGUCUGUUUCACGCGGCAACGACCCUAAUUCUGUUGCAGUGUCGAAUAACGUGUCGCCGCAAUCGAGAUUCUCUAUAUUGGACCUGGACAGCGGCACCAAAUACGAGCUCCGUGUCACCGCGUACAACAACGCUGGCUCGACGCAGGCCGAAUACCUGUUCAGCACGCUGUCGCCGACCGGCAGUAAUCGAAUGCACGACGAGCAACCGCCGGAAACCGAGGAGACUUCUUUGUUUUUUGACGCUCACGUGCUGGCGCCCAGCGUGAUCUCGCUUCUGGCCGUGUUCCUCGCUGUGGCUGGCGUUUGCUUUUGCUUGAAAACACACGCGGAAAGGUCAGGUCGAGCGAACGAUCCGAAUUCGCAAACGCAGGCCGCGCUGGAGAACAAGCACAACAUGGAGCAGAGGGAACAGUACUACGCGACCGUGAGGAAACCGGGCCAGCAGUCACCCUGUCGCGAGGUGAGCGCGCUGGAAAGAAUACCCGAAUAUUCCGAAGACAUUUAUCCGUACGCCACCUUCAAUCUGCCCGAGCAGGAAAACCUGUCGGCGAACCCGAUGCGACAGGCGUUCUACUACGAACGUAGCGAAACGAUGCUGCAAGGCAAUCAGUGCGACAUGGAGCAGUAUACAAAGGUACGAGGAAGGGCGCGGCGGAAGUCGAAGUCGUUCAAGUCGGAGUCGGAGGAGUACGACACGCUAGGCUCGGACAGCGACACGGAGGUCGGUACCAGCAGUCGCACCGAGUCAUCGAAUCACCUGGACGACUCCGGGCCAGCGUCGAUAAUGACGCGGUCGCCGGGGCCGAAUUCGAUCGGGCAGAGGGAGCAGCGACUAGCCCUGGUCCCGAGGCCGGUUCAUCAUAGAAUCAAGGGGCAACACCCGAUAUGGGGAUGGAUGGUCGUGUACCGGGGAUCCUGCGCCCUGUGAUGAAGCUCUCGGAAUCCGGGAUGCAUUCGUAUUCGAGGGGAGCGUCGCCGAGUCAGCCGUCGAGGCCUGGAUCUUGCGAUCGGCUGGGGAAAGAUCCGAGCCCGAGGAAGUCCGUAGAAUCGUUGUGCCUGCUGGAGGAACCCGGAUCGUCCAGAAUGGCAAGGAGGGAAGAGGACUGGGGCAGCGAGCUGUCUACGUUGGAACUGAAACCGCCGACAGGUUUCACGGACGCGCACGAGACCAGCGAGGCCGAGUGCGAUAUCGACAUGAAGCUGAAGCUCCACAGGAAGAGGACGGGUUUUCCUUCUAACUCGCUUUCCAAAUCACCUAAAGACUUCACUAUCACUGUCUAAGUGUGUUAAUCAAAUAUUCGAAGAAGAAGAAGAAGAAGAA